UGCGAAAACCCGCCCGAGUUUUCCCGCAGCAAACGCAGUCGCGCCUCCGACGCGGAGGGUAAAUAGAUCGGGAUAAUGAGCCGGUGAUUACGCCGCGUUUCAUCCGCAGCCAGAUACGAAUUUUGCGGAUACCGAUUUUAACAUUUCACAUUUCUAUUAUAUUCAUACUCGCACGCGUACGCUAAAAUUUAUUAUUUUUUUUUUCUAUCGCAGUUGUAUCGUAUCGCUGCAUCUACUGAAAUUCGCUGCGGGAACGAAGACUGGUCGGAUAUAUUGGCAUCUUUUUAUUUGUUUAUUUUCGAUAUUGUUAUUAUUGUUAUAUUAUCACGAGGUAGUUUCUUCGGAUCUAUUUAUUCAAAAUUCACCGAGUGUCUACCGCGGACUGAUUUACCCAGCCGAAUAUUGGACAUGGUGAAGGGGGAUGUUGGUGCGCUGGCAGUUGCUGCUCACAGCCGCUACCGCGGCUGUCGUCGUUACCAAGGCGUCGGCGGCAUCCGCUAGUCCUUCGACUUCAUCCUCAACUAUCGCAAGCUCGACGAGUUGCCGUCCAUCCGAAUAUCUCUGCGACACGGGGCAGUGCGUUGCGCAAGACAAAUUCUGCGACGGGGAAGAUGAUUGCGGCGACAAGUCGGACGAGCCCAGAUACUGUUCUCCCUGCAACCGGACCCUCUUCGGCGAUGUGGGCCGUACUUACGUAGUCGAAGUUCGCCGACCGCGGGAGGACCGGUUGCCAUUUUUGUGCAACUUGAACUUCACCGCGGCCGGAGGCGAUUUGGGGGAUCUUGUCCAGCUCACCUUUGACACCUUCACCGUUGGCCGCUUCCUCUCCUUCACCUCCGAGGGAUGCCCCGAUGGCUACAUGACCAUACGAGAAAUCGGACGACCACCGACCGGCGGUCAAUGGUGCGGCAGCGCCUGGGGCUACACGGUAUACUACAGCGAGACGCCAUCCAUCAAUCUCACCCUCUUCCUGUCCCGCCUCUCUGAGCAGGGCGUCGGCUACAACUUCGACUUCAAGCUGUCUUACAAGUUCCUGCGCCGCAGCGAGGCGCACCUCCGAUACGGCAACAGCACCAUGGCGACGUGGAGAGGAGAGCUGGUAAACGGGACCUACUGUGACCGGAUCUUGACCCGGUGCGACACCCGGGCUUGCCGCCUCCAGUCCCCGAACUACCCGGGUGUCUACCCCAGGAACGUGACCUGCUACUACAGGGUGGAGCAGAUGCGAGCGCCGCCGGGUCACCGGGCGCUUCUAGCAGUCAGCCAGCGAAACAGCCAUAAAAUCCACAUCAAGGAUCAAAUUGUCAAAUACGAUAGGAGCCAGCGGAUAUUAAGGGUUUGGGACCAGUGCAACGUCGUUCAGGACUACCUCACCGUCUACGACGGUGGCUCGACUUCUGACAGGGUGCUGGUCCGCCUUUGCGGAGGCGAUGCCGUUCCCGAUAUAGUCAGUAGCCACAACACGAUGCUCCUAGAGUUUCACACGUCGCCUUACGACAACCCCUUUCAUCCGGUUCCGCUCAGCUUUCUUCCCGGGUUCGAACUGGAAGUGCAGGUUCUGUUCGUCGACGAAAAGUCCCGCAGCUUCGUCAAGGAGAACAACAACUGCGACUUCUACAUCUCGGGAUACGAAAGCUCGUCGGGUAUUUUGGAAAACCCGAGGCACUCUCUAGCCCCCAAUACCACUUGUCGGUAUUAUUUUCAGGGCAAAGCCAACGAAAUCGUCUGGAUAUCAUUUGUCAAGUAUUACGCCGCAAGCUCCGACCCCGCGGCUAACCUCGACACCGCUACCGAGUGCAACACGAGGCUACAGAUAUGGGACGGAGCUUAUCCGUCGGACAAACAAUCGGCCCCAAAGAACAUCUCACUGAUGGGUGAAUUCUGCAAGGACGACAUACCGCGUCUCUGCGAUCACAGCCUUCUGCGGAACAGCAGCCGUCAGACGCGUCCCUGCAAGCUGUCCGAGAGCUACGUAUCCACGGGAAAGGAUCUGACCCUGGAGCACAUCCUGCGUCAGGGAAGCGCGUUGUACCCGAUAAGUUUCGUGCUACGUUACGAGUUCGUUCACUCAAGUGGUUCGACGGGUGGUGUUCCAAUGCAGGAGACGAUGUCGUGCGACGAGGUCUUCCGCUCCUCGCGCGCCCCAAGGUCCGGGAAGUUCGCCUCCCCGAAGAGCGUCUUCUUCUACGGACGGGGUGGCGCUCAAAACCUGAGCUGCACCUACCGCUUCGAAGCGGACCAGGAGCAGCGUGUCCAGCUGACCUUGGGCCCUGCGUCCUUCGGGGACCGGACGCAGUGCGUCUCGUCUACGGACCCACUGGUGGGUCGUUGGGGCUGCGAUUACCGUUCAUCCCAGGGGGCGGUCGCGGAAAUCUCGGUAUCCGAGUACCCGUGGCCGGGGGUAAGAUUGGUGCGGGACUGUCUCUGCUCCAACACGAGCGGCGCGGUGAGCUUGCGGCCGCUCACAGCGGCGGUGGUGGAGGUGCGGUUCCGCGUCACGGGAAUGAACAUCACCCAGGACUACCGAAACUUCUUUUUCGAGGGACGGUACCAGUUCCUAGAGGCUACGGAAGCCGCCGAAACCGGGUGCACAUCGCGGCUCGAGGAGCGACGGCUACGCGGUACCAGCGGCGAGAUCUCCCUACGGAAUCCGCUGCCCCCCAGGACUCCCCUGCUCCCGGGGUCCGGUCCACCCGCGGAGGAACCACCUCUCGCAAACGACGACGUCGCCACCGCCUCCCAGUGCGUAAACGAGCCUUGGCUCAUCGAGCCCGAGGACUCGCAGAUGAACUUCCUGUACCUCAGAACCGCGGGUUUCGGCAUCAGCACCGAGACCGUGUCCCAGUGCGCGACGCUGAACAGGAUCGUCGUUUACUCGGCCGCCGACACGCGACGGAGAAACGUCAUCUGCCCCGAGGGUGGACCCGAAGGACUUAAAACCGUCGACUUCUUUUCCGACGGGUGGAACGCCAGUCUUUCCAAUCGCUCGGCGCUCAUUACGCCUCACGCCCGGAGCUUCGUCGUCGAGUUUCUGCAGCAUGAACCCGGAUACUACGCCGUCACUUGGAUGGCCAUUUCGAAGCGAGCCUCCCUAGCCCUCGCCGCUGGUUCUGCCUUCGCCAUUUCACCGAUUCACGACUGUCUCUACAGAUGCCCGGAGAUCCAGGCGUGCAUAAACGUCGCGCUUUGGUGCGACGGAGUCCGUCACUGUCCGUCAGGCUUCGACGAGGAGGAGGGCAACUGCUCUUAUCGUUUCGGUGUUACGCUGCUGUACGUCGCAAUCGGGGCGGGGGCGUUGGGGAUAUUUGCAAUUUUGUUGCUGGCGACGGGGUGCCUGAAGUACUGCCUGUACCGUCACAGGGCGAGGAAGAAGAAAAAGAACGUUGCUAUAAACGUGAACAACCUGCACGUGAAUCACACCCACCCGAACAACGGCAUGACGGGAAGCAGACUGAGCAACCGUUAUCUAGCAACGCCCCAAGAGAUGUUCCUCGACAAUUACGGCAAGGACAGUAUUUGUUGACAGCAGGUUAUAUCGAACGUCGAGACCACCGUGUGAUCGUUGAGGUUUCUACUUUCUUUUUUAUACCGCGAACACAAAUUAUACAAUGAUGAAUGUGUAAUUGCACCGCGUUCGCCCGAUAAUUCACUGGAUGCAGGUGCGGGCUGCCGGUGAUAUAGGAUAAUAAAAUUGUAAACUCGUAGGAUAUUUCCUAAUGUAAUGAUAACAUAGUAACUAUCAUACAUAUAGGUACCUUAUACACUCUGUAAUUAAACAUACUCGAAUGACGUAUAAUUUAACGAUGCUCAUCACGAUUCGUUAUACGCGAUUUCAUUCGUGCGCCGCGGUUCAGCCUCGGCUGUUUCCGGUUCGUUUCAAAUCGUUAUUUCCGGCUCAUCGAGGCGGUGGAUGGAAAGGGGGAAUCUAGGGCUUUGACGAUAAACGGUAAAGUGGUUUCGCAAUUUACCGAAAUCAGGCCAAGCUGAACAUUAGAACUGUACGGAAUGAUCAAGAUCGAUAAUUUCAUUUCCAAUAAAUAUCGAUGAGAAACAAUAAUUUUACGCUUUCCCUAAACAAUGUUUCCAAUUUGCAAGAAAUCGACUUCUGCAGGCUUUUCAAUAACUGCUUUACUUACUAAGACGUAAAAAAACCCAGCGCAACGCGAUUAUUUCUUUGCAGGUAUAUCAUCCUGCCGAUCGUCACCCGCAACGUUUCACAAAAAAAAAAAAAUAAAUAACUCCUCUCAUGUAUUAAGUAUUAGUAAAACGGGUACUCAGUGAAACAAGAAUUUUUACGCACAGUCGUCGAAAGCUCUUCUCCUAUUUUCCAUCCAGCCUCUCGAUUAUUAUCGACAAAAUUUACCGACGAAAAAUUACUUGAAUCAAAGAGGAGCUAAAACUAGAAUCACAUAGAGAAAAAAAAAAACAUACCGACAAACGGACGACACGUGCCAAAUAAUAAAAAAAACCAAAACUGCUAGUGAA